AAACGGUCACGUGACCCAAGUGCUAUAUUACGCUGUCGUUUAAUACCGAGUCGCUAGAGAGCAGCAUUGAGCAGUCCAAGUAGCAAGAACACAGCCAAGAACAUGUCGGUAUUUAAAACAAAGAUCAUGAAAUACGAGCAGGUAUCCUAACACUUCAAUAAGACUUUCGCGUGGAUGUGAAGAAGUUUGGAUAUCAUUCCCACCCAUGACCAACCAGCCGGUGUCGUCACCUUAACGCCACAAAGUGCAGAAUGUUUGACCAGGCUUUGCCAUGGAAACAGGGUCAACCUGGUCGUCUGGUUCCUGACCAAAAAAGGAGAACGGAUUAUUCGAGGGUUCACGCACACGUCACAGUGGCAACGGUUGGGGAUAGGCCGACGCCUUUAAAUUUCGGGGGACGUUUCGACGCGGCACUUAUCCACACACACGGACAAGAGACCACACGAUACAAGAAACAGCUCAAAAAUGCCUGUCGAAGUUACCAACCUAUCCCACAGUAUGGAGAAUAUCAACACACCGAGGAGAUCAAGGAAGAGACCUUCGGAAUCGGACGAUUCGACUCCAGUCGGGCAAACAACGCUGAGCCAUCGGCCCUGGUCGUCGGCCAAGAUUUCGUCGCCGAACGAGAAGCGACCUCGGGUGGACUCGCCGCUCCGCCCGACACGGGCUAACACGGCGGAGACACCCCGCACAACCAGACCGAGCUCAACUGUAGUCAACCAGCGUAAGGCUGCAGAGGCGGCCAAACUCGGAAAUACGCUUCUCAACUGCCGUCAGUACAAGAACGCCGCCAAGCAGUUUAGUGCAGCCCUGAAACUGUGCCCAAAGUUCCCUAGUUAUUACUCACGCCGGUGCCAAUGUUACUUCGGACUGGGGCAGUUUGCUAAGGCACUAGCAGACGCCAAGAGUUCUACAAAGGCUGACACACAGUUCGUCACAGGUUACAAACAACAUGCAGAGUGCCUACUGGCCAUGGGACGCCCGGCAGAGGCCGUGAAAGUGUUGACGGUGGCGGUCGGACUGAACGCGGGAGACAAAGAAAUCUCCAAAUCGCUGCAAAACGCCAAGGAAAUCACAAAACUUCAGCGUCUGGCAGAGCGAGACCUACAGACAGGAGCAGCCCAUGUGGACAAACUGAUGAACUUGUCUCCACUGUGCAUCAAAUACAAGGCCAUGAAGGCGGAAAUAUUCAUCCAACAGAAAAACUACGCCGCUGCACAGGCUAUCAUUGAAGAAGUUUUGGAAGUUGACGAGAGCGCAGACGCUUUCUACAUUCACGGACUCUGUCUCCACCACAGCGGAGACGAACAGGGCUCGUACAGUAAGUUUGACAAAGCUCUGAAACUGGAGAAAUAUCACAAAAGAACAUUGGCAUUUCUGGAGACUUCCUGCCAGCUAGCAGCCAGGAAGGAGGAAGGGAAUGUCGCCUUCAAGUCAGGAGAAUAUGAGAAGGCAUAUGAGUUGUACACAGAGGCACUCACAAUCGACCCCGAAAACAAGUUGACCAACGCCAAACUCUACAACAACAGAGCCGCCGUUUGUGUCAAGCUGGGCCGACUGAAUGACGCUAUUCGGGACUGCACACAAGCUAUCGAGCUGGACUCAUCGUACGUCAAAGCCAUCUCUCGUCGGGCCACAUGCUACAUGGAGACCGAGUGCUUUGAAGAGGCCAUUCGCGACUUCGAGACAGUCUACAAGCUGAACCCGACACCUGAGAACGAGAAACUUCUCCGUGAAGCCAAACAAAAACAGAAAUUAAACAUGCAGACGGACUUUUACCAAACUCUCGGGCUAGAGCGCUCCGCGACGGCAGACGAGAUCAAGAAGGCGUACCGUAAGUUGGCGCUGAAGUGUCAUCCCGACAAACACGUGGGGGCGAGCGCAGACGAGAAAAUCGCCAUGGAGAAGAAGUUCAAGGCAAUCGGAGAGGCACACAAGACCCUGUCCGAUCCUGUAGAGAGGGCGCAGUACGAUCGGGAACUCAGACAGAAAGAACUCAGAGAAAACACUAUCAAUGUGAAUGUAAAUGUAAACGUAAAUGUCAAUGUAAACUGCCAAACAAGGAGUUCUCCUUACAAAAGUCGAUUUACUUUUCACUAUGUGAAGAAGCUAACGGAACGAACCAAGAAACCAGUCGAAAUGCCGACCAUCAUUGAAUUACCAGACGACAAGGAGAACAUGGACAUCAACGAGUGCCCGACUUCUACCGAAUCGCUGAAGAGAACUUCGGAAUCGGAGGACACAUCGACCCCUGUAGGUCAAACCACGAGCCACCGGCCCUGGUCGUCUGCCUCCGUCCUGUCUACGGGCCGCCCUGGGAAGCGUCCUCGGGUCUGCUCGCCCCACCGCUCCGCCAAUACGGCUGAAACGCCCCGCACGACCAGAGCUGCAACUCUCAUCAGCUGGCGGAAGGCUGCAGCAGCUGCAAACACAGGUACAAAUCUCCUCAAUCGUCAACACUACGAUGAAGCCCUAGAAAAAUUCAACGAAGCCUUAGAACUUUGCUCCACUUCUCCAAGCUACUACAGCGGCCGGUGCCAAUGUUACCUGGGACUGGGCUUGUUCUCCGAGGCACUGGCGGACGCAAAGAAGUCAACAGAAGUGGACAGCAAGUUCGUCAUAGGAUAUCAGCGACAAGCUGAGUGUCUCCUGGCCCUUGGUCGCCCCGCUGACGCCAUAAAGGCGUACACGGUCGCCCUUGAACUGAAACCCGACGACCAUGAAAUCACAGAGGCUCUAAAAUCCGCCAAGAACCUUUCGCAACUCCAGACUCUGGUUGAAAGGGACCUUCCUAAUGUGGUCUCGCGCCGUGUUGUGUUCUACGUGGACAAAAUGAUGAAGAUUGCGCCUUUGUGUACCAAGUACAAGGUCAUGAAGGCAGACAUCUUCACCCAACAGAAAAACUACGCCGAAGCACAGGUCAUCGUCGAGGAAGCAUUGGAAGUUAACGAGACCGCAGACGCCUUGUAUGUUUACGGACUUUGCCUUCACUACGGCGGCCUACGACUUGUACACAGAGGCACUCACAAUCGACCCCGAAAACAAGUUGACCAACGCCAAACUCUACACAACAGAGCCGCAGUUUGUGUCAAGCUGGGCCGAUUGAAUGACGCUAUUCGGGACUGCACACAAGCUAUCGAGCUGGACUCAUCGUACGUCAAAGCCGUCUCUCGUCGGGCCACAUGCUACAUGGAGACCGAGUGCUUUGAAGAGGCCAUCCGCGACUUCGAGACACUCUGCAAGCUGAACCCGACACCUGAGAACGAGAAACUUCUCCGUGAAGCCAGACGGGAGCAGAAGUUGAGCAUGCAGACGAACUUUUACCAAACUCUCGGGGUGGAACGCUUCGCGACUGACGACGAGAUCAAGAAGGCGUACCGUAAGCUGGCGCUAAAGUGUCAUCCCGACAAGCAAGUGGGGGCAACUGACGACGUGAAAAUCGCCAUGGAGAAGAAGUUCAAGGCGAUCGGAGAGGCACACAAGACCCUGUCCGAUCCUGUAGAGAGGGCGCAGUACGAUCGGGAACUCAGAAUGGAAGAGUUCAGGGACUUUAUGUCAGAUGAAGCCGAUAUCAAUGUAAACGUGGACGUGAAUGUCAACGUGAACGUAAAUCUUAACACAAAUAGCACCCCAUACAAAAGCAGAUUUGUAUUUCACUUUGUAUAACUUCACUGUUCACUUUAUCAUGUAACUACUCAGUGUUUAAAGACACAUUGUUGUAUCUUAAUCAGGUAAUCGUAGGUUGCAGGCGAUCUACAAGUUUUUCAUACGAAAACCAUUCCUGCCAACACCUUGUGUCAAAGUCAAACAAUAAAUGAUGAUGAUGAACAUGAA